ACCGAAUCGAGUUCGGCGUUACAGCGCGCAGCCUGCUUCAUUGUGCACACUCAUCGCUGUGACUCCAUCCUCGGCAAGUAACAGGUCUCCAAAGCAGCUAUUGAGGCUAUUUCAUGCUUGACUCCCGUGCACAGGCCGGCGCGUCCUCGACCUCCACGCUUCCUCGAAUUGCUAACUACUCCCAGGGACCCGCGUCGUGUUCCAUACCCUGCAGGCUCACAGUGAGGAAACCUUGCCAUGUCGGACGACAGCUCGACACCCUCUCGACCGCCUACACCAGUUGCCGAGCUACCAUCGUCGUCCCAAGUUCGACCAUACCGCUUCACAUGGGAUCCGACAUCAGCACGCAAGACAGGCCCUGGGAGUGUCUCGGCCACUACAGAAGGGCACGCAGAUUACUUCGGCAAUGCGACGCCGUAUGACCUGUACGGUAACGCGUCGUUGGCAUCUCUACAGCUCGGAGCUCUACCAGCAGAAUGGAGUAGCGCGAAGCAUGGGUUCCACGCGAUCUCCACUGUCGUGAAUAGCCCUCAGAGACGCUCUGCACCUCCCAAGGCGCACUCCAGCCUUCCCUCUGUACCUCCAGCCGACCUGCCGCGCCAUAACGCAGAGCUGGGUCGAGAAGGCACUGCGCAGUUGCCUACGACACCUCGGCCGUCAGGUUCCUUCGAUGACAAUGACCUCCCGCGGACACCCCGUGCUCAAUCAGGCCGGGCGCCGCCUCCGCUCGAGAGCGUACCCCAGGUGUUCUUUGACCCCAGCUUCAACCUCGGAGACCCCCGCAUAUUCAAUGCUGUCACGGAGCAAGGAGAGAACGGCGAUUCAGCAGACGCAGACCCCUCGGCACUCUCGUACUCGCUACCUCUACUCGAGAAGCUCUCGCACCACGCGGACACGAUAGAACAACACCUUGUGCGCGAGAUCUCCGUUCGCUCGACGUCGUUCUUCGCCGCGCUAUCCAACCUCCAAGACCUGCAAACCGAGUCCGAGCAGUGUCUAGAUCGGAUCGGGAAGCUGCGUGGCUUGCUGAAGGAUGUGGACGAGAAGGGAGCAAGGAAAGGGUUGGAGGUCGUCCGAAGGGAGUGCAAACUGCGGAACAUGGAUUCGGUGAAAGAGGGCGUGAAGGUAGUAGGAGGUGUCGUGGACAUGAUGGGUGUCGCAAAGAGCCUGGUCGCGGCAGGACAGUGGGGAGAGGCGUUGGAUGUCAUCGACGAGCUGGACCGGUUAUGGGAUGCUGAUUCCACCGCGCAGUUGCCCACAAGCAAGCCUAGCGCAGAGCCGUCUAGGCCAGCAGUACCUUCUCGACAGGGUACCCGUUCCCCACUACCGCCGGUCCCCGAAUCACCACCGGAAAGCCCGAAGCCUCCGUCAAGACCUGCUGUCCACAUACCUCUAUCUUCGCUCAAGGCCUUCACCUCUCUACCUGCACACCUUCGCGCGCUCACCAUGGACAUCACUUCUGCACUAACCUCCGAGUUUGUUAGUGUACUACGGCUGGACCUCGUUGAGCGCGUCGACUCCGAUGACCUGGAGCCGAGAAAGGAUAACCCAGACGUGUCCUUGAAAGACAGGAUAAGGCCGUUGCUGCAGUCAUUGGCGCGGACCAAGGGCGUGCAGGAGGCUGCGGUGUCCUGGAGGGAGGUCGUCAUGGCAGAAGUGAGGAGCAUGAUGAGGCGACGAAUACCUGCUUCAGACCUCGAAGAGGAUGGGAAGACGUCAUCACUUGCCGAUGAGCUGCGAGCCAUGUCGCAGCCUGCUUUUAUGGACCUUGCUCGUAUGAUGUACAGAAGCCUUCUUCGGUGUAUCGGAAGAUUAUAUCGAGAGGGCAGCAUCAUCCUAGAAGUCUUGCAGGCCAUUCGGUCCCCGAAGGCAUCGGUUGACGUGGCCGCUCUCCAGGAGGAGCUGUCAGGCAUUCUGUCUUCGGCCGCAGAAUUAGCUCAUACACGGGCAUCUAGAGUGGUUGCUCUGCGUGGGGAGCAGCAUGCCUCUCUGGACCUGCCGAGCUUCGUAACCCUGUUCAACGAGUCGUGGGUUUUCGUCGUCGAAUCAGAGAAGAUCUGCUGUCGCAUGAUCGUCGGCCUCCGGGGUACGAUGAUCAGCCAGGCGAAGACGUUCUUGCAAACCUUCCACCAGGCACAUAUAUCUCAUUCUGCAAAGCUGGUUGAGGACGAACAGUGGAACGCAGCAGAAGUGGCGCCUUCAAUUCAGCGAAUUGUCGACCUCCUUGUCGACGCUUCCAUCUCAGACCCACCAGAUCUCCUACUCAAUCGCCCCCCUGAAACACCGCACCCUUCAUCUCCUCUCCUCUCUCCAUCUGCGCUAUCGCCACAGCCUACACUCUCACAUCGGCCCGCAUCCCCUCUUCCGUCACCAAACUUCCCUUCCGUGCGCCCCUCCGCGUCGCGCACGAGCACGCGACGCUCGAGUGGACCAGGCAAACACCUGCACAUCGAAGAUCGGGCGUACUUCGCGGUAGGUGCGACGCUCGAGGUGCUCGUCGUUCUCGCGGAUUACCUCAAGAUCAUCAUCAACCUCGAAAUGCUCACUACGGAAACCAUGAGCCGCGUGAUCGAGCUCUUGAAGGCGUUCAACUCGCGCACUUGCCAGGUCGUCUUGGGUGCGGGUGCCAUGCGCUCUGCAGGGCUCAAGAACAUCACUGCCAGGCAUCUUGCCCUUGCAUCUCAGUCGUUGUCUAUCGUUAUAUCGCUCGUCCCAUAUAUCCGGGAGACGUUCCGGCGCCAUCUCAGUCAGAAGCAGGCGGUCAUGCUUGUAGAGUUUGACAAGCUGAAGAGGGAUUACCAAGAGCACCAGAACGAGAUACACCAGAAGCUGAUUGCGAUCAUGGGUGACCGCCUCAGUGCCCAUAUCAAGUCUCUUCAUGUCAGACGUGAAGUGGGACGUGCCAAGGACGGCGGUGUCAAUGACUAUAUGGAAGUCAUCGUCAAGGACACGGUCACGUUGCACAAGGUGCUCUCGCGGUAUCUGUCAGGUUCCGUAGUCGAGUUCGUGAUGACCCAGGUGUUCGCGGGCAUCAAUCACCGGCUCUCGGAGGAGUACACCAAGAUUGAACUGCCAUCACAAGAGGCGAAGGAGAGACUACUCGCGGAUGCGCGUUACCUCCACCAGAAGCUUACGGGCCUCAAGAAUGUGGGCGCUCCCACCGCCAUGCUUGAGAUCAUCGUACAAGAGAAGCCCGUCAGAGUUCCUACACCGGCCGCGCACGAGGCCGCGGCACCACAGCCUACGACCCAGCGAUUCAAAGGUAUCCUUCAGCGAACGAACAGCAAGCGGACAGAAACCGCUUCCGACCCGACCCCACCGCCUGUUGCGCCGUCCCCGGAUCCAGACGCGAAAUUGCUGCCGGUAGCGCUGACAUCCGCGUCGCGGUCAGAGGACGCGCUUGCGAUGACACAGUCGCCAUCUGCCUCGCAGGUAGACAUAUCGACGCCUAAUGGUCAGGGCGAUAGGACCUCCCCGGAUGCCCCAUCAAAACCGCUCUCUCCUGCCGCGGUACCACUGCCCGCGUCAUCGCCCUUACCCACGCCCACGCCCUUCAGCGAGAAGCAGCAGCCGGGGGUGCCGAUGCAGAAUGGCGACAACCUGAACGGGGAUGCUACCGCGGGAAGAGAGGCUCCCGUUGCGUAGCGUGGGGGACUACUUUGCUACAAUCGUUCACUUUAGUAUACUUUUAAUAACGUCUACAUCUGGAAUGGUAUAGUUGCUUUCUUCAUUCCCAG